AUGUCCUCGAUCACUGAUACCACAAUUCCUAUCCUGUCGUUAUUGACUGCCUUGAAACGGUCAGGACUAGGGUCUUUGCCAAAGCGCGCUUCGAUUCCGUUCCUAUCGUCACUGAUAGGAAAACCCCUUGAUCGGGCCAGUCUUAUCAUAUACAGUAUCCGAGGGUAUCUGCUGAGUGAAGAAGAUGAACAAUUCUUACGGACUGAGAAAGAGAGACGGUCCCUCUCUUGGAAUCUUUAUAGCGCUUCAAAUCUGCACGAAUGGCUACGAGCAGCGGGGGCAUUGGACAAUUUUGAAGGAAAUAAUGAAUGGAAACUGCUUGACGAAUCGGACGAAUACGAUUAUACCUUAGUCCGAGAUAAACUGGAUGAUCUAGAGCGGGCGUUAAGUCAUAAGGAUUUCGGGGCCAUCAUACAUAAUAUUCGGACGUCGCUUGGUCGUGACCUCGCCAACAUGACAAACCCGGAGCUCUACAAACAUACGUAUAUUGGUACCAAAAAUCUAAUAGAUUUGUACGUCACUACCGCCACGAAUGCAGUCUCAAUGGUUUUGGACAUUGCGGAAAAUCUAGAGUUCGGCAUCGAAGAGUCCCGGCAUCUCUUGGAGCAAUUGCACGCCACGCGCCAGGGCUUCGGACGGACUGCGUUGCUGCUGUCGGGUGGCGCAACGUUUGGAAUGAACCAUACAGGAGUUCUCAAGACUCUUUGGCAGAUGAGGCUUCUGCCACGGGUAAUCUCGGGUUCCUCUGCAGGAAGCAUCGUCGCCGGUGUCAUCUGUGCGCAUCUGGACAGUGAAAUGCCAAAGAUCUUUCUGUCCUUUGGCAGUGGUGACUUUUCUGUGUUCGAAUCUGGCGAUGAAGUGGAAAAUAUAGGACGCCGAUUACACAGGUUUCUUGCAUCUGGGUCUUUCUUUGACGUUGGCCACCUGAAAAAGGUCAUGCGGAGUUUGCUAGGCAACGUAACUUUCCUCGAAGCAUAUAAUCGGACGAGGAGGGUUUUGAACAUUACCGUUUCUCACGCAAAUCCUCACGAGCUUCCUCGGUUGCUGAAUUAUAUCACUUCCCCUAAUGUGACGAUUUGGUCGGCAAUCGUUACAUCCUGCUCUGCUCCGAUGAUGUUUGCAACCUCUCAGCUAAUGGCAAAGGAUCCGACGACCGGAGAAGUACGAGAAUGGGGCGAUUCACUGGUUCAAUGGAUCGAUGGAUCGGUUGACAGUGAUCUGCCAAUGACUAGACUUGCGGAAAUGUUCAAUGUCAACCAUUUCAUUGUCUCGCAAGUUAAUCCUCAUGUGAUGCCCUUCGUUCCCCCGGAAGAAGCAUUGUUAUUUGCAGAACUUAGCAAACGCCGGCAAAGGUCUGAGGACAGUUCGCUGGACUUUGCCAAAGAACUUGUCAAGGAGGAAAUUACGAGCAAAGCCAGAAUGCUGGCUGAGGCCGGGAUACUUCCCAACGCGCUGAGGAAAUUUGCUUCGGUCAUGAGUCAAGAGUAUUAUGGGGAUAUCAAUAUUUUCCCGGAAAUCACUUAUGAGGUAUUUCCCAGCAUGCUGAGGAAUCCCACGCCCGAUUUCAUGUUGCGGGCCUGUCUCAGUGGUGAGCGCGCCACAUGGCCGAAGCUAGGGCGGAUCAGGAACCACUGUGCAGUCGAGUUUGCUUUGGACGAUGCGGUGAUGAUAAUGCGUGAGAAAAUUGCCGCGGCUGCAAGUGAAGCCGAUAUACCUAUGGAGAGGAUAUCGUCCUACCUUGAGGGGGACAUGUUCCUAAGGGAGGCACCGCUGGAGGCUGACCCGGAAUUGGUGCAACAAGUUGAGGAGCGCAAGGCUCACGCGCGAGCUCACACGCACGUCAACGCAGGCCAUCGACCCGAAAGCGGCAAAAGGGCUCAUUUCAGACCAGACAGUCAACGUGCCAGCAGACCCCAUGCCCAACAUUCUCGUUAUAGAACAAAACCAUCGAGACCGGCGUUAAAGACAACACAAAGCGUCCCCCGCGAUAGAAGCCCGUCUGCUGCUUCCGCAUCAAGCCUGAAUAGGCCCUCAUGGACUAAUUGCCGGUCUCUGUCGAGCAUGGAUUCGAGAAUACCAACAAAAUCGGAGAAACACAGGGCAACAACCCCCCCCAAUCGCCAAGUUUUCAUCCAAUCACCCAUGCUUCCUACUGAUCAUCAGCACGCCACUCAACCAGCUCACAGAGCAGUUAACUCCAAGCUACCUCUGCAGGGCACUCAUCUACCGCACUUCAUCAUGGCGAUUGAAAGACGUACACCUCAGUCGCAAAGUUGCAACCGUGACUAUCGCAAACUUCUUCGAAAGAAGCCGAGUGACCCGACGGAUUGGUCCAAAAAUAAUCAAGCCAUCAGUUCUGAUAGUCAUUACUUCUCCUGA